AUUUGACAUUAUAUAACGUAAUAAUAAAUAAACAUUUUAAAUAUUAAAUAAUAAUAGUUUCUCUUAAUAUUAAAUAAUAUUAAAUAAAAAAAAUUAAUAAAAUUUAAUAUUUUACUUUAUAAUAAUUUGUUUAAAAAAUAAACGAUAAAAUGGGUCGGUUAGCAGAGGUAGCUAGCGAACAAUCAUCCGAAAAAUGUAAAACUUUUGUAUUUAUGGGUGAAGGUUAUACUUUAGGAAAUUCAUUAGUCUCCGUAAUUUCACAAAAUCCUAAUGUAGAAUUUUGUGCUUGUUUCGUUAAUCAUCCAGCAGAAGGAAACAUAUACUUAAGAAUUCAAGCAAAAAGAGGAAAAGCAAUAGACAUAUUAAAGAAAGGAUUAGAAGAUUUUGAAAAAAUUUGUGAUCACACUUUAGAAAGUUUUAAUAAUGCUUAUGAUCAGUUUAAGACUUCCAAAAAUACAUCUAUAGAUAGCAUAUAGAUAAAUUAUUUUGUUUAAAUAAAAAUAAAAUAAAUUAUAGUACAA